AUGCUGCGUGCCAUGGCUACUCCAGGUGUGGGCGUGCCCGCUGACUGGAGGGUACCAUCAGACUGGCACCAAGUUGCCAAGAUUCCAAUGGACAGCUUGCGCACCAACCCGGGGACGGUGUUUGCCUACAAGGGCAAUAAGAGCAGCAAGCGCAGCAACAAUUCCAGCUCCGACUCCACCUGUGAUAGCGAUGAUGGAAGCCGCUUUGGCUAUGGGACUGUACGGCCGCCUCCUGGCCUGGAGCAUUUGGGCCCAUGUCCUGUGGGCCUGGCCCAGUCGCUUCGUGAGACCUGUCCGGGCGAAGUGACUGGGGUGUGCAAGAAAUGGAGGAAGCCCAAAGUUCCGCAGUAUGGCUUCGCAGUAACCUUUGAGGAGUUUGAUGCUGUGACGCACAAGAACUUUGAGUUUGUGGAGCGGAUCUUCGGCCGGAAAGGAGUCAACGUGAAGAGAAUCUCCGGGUCAGCGGAUGCCAAGGUACGUCUCAUGGGAGAAGGCAGCGGUUACAAGGAGCAACAGGGGCAACUGCAUUUGGUGGUGAUAUGCCCAUCGCAGGAGAAGGAGGACCUGGCCCUUCGCCUCACCAUUUUGCUGUUUGACAACCUGAGGACGCACUUCUCCCGCUUUUGCCGCAAGGAAGGGCUCCCGCCUGUGAAGUUGUACAAGGUCAUCUCGCUCGAGGAAGCACGGACCUUCGGAAGGACUCGGUGA